UGCCAUCCGAAUUCCCUUGUUCUUCCCCACGACCACACACCCAAACCUCGCGCCCGCCCUGCCCAUGACCGCGCUUCCCAUCGUCGACAUCCACACUCCGACCUCGUCGUUCUCCCUCGUACAUUCUUUCACGCAGGAGUCCCUCCUCGCUCUCUAUGACAAGCUCAGCCGGAAGGAGCACACGGACUAUGAGGGCCAGCGCGUUGGCCCUGGAUGGCUGAAGUACGAAUUCAACGGCACCGUGUGGAAUCUCGACGAUGACGCGGAUUACACGAUCUUUACGUGGCGAUUGCAGCAGACACCGGAGCAGGCUGACGCGUCUUCGUCGUCCGUGCUAUCCGCCAGUGCAAGUGGCGCACCAUCCGCCGCAAAGCCCUCCCUAUACCUCCGCAAUCCCAGCCAGCCCUUACCAUCCGCUACCAACCUCAACCCGAGCUUUCACCUCUUCAAGCCCUCGAAAGCACAUCUGGCCGUCCCUGCGAGCGUGCGCAGCGCGUCGCGCUCGCCCAGUUCGAGGAGCAUCGUCAGCCGCAGAUCACGACGCAGUGUGGCGAGUCUGGGCACAAUGAAUACGGGGGAUGACGAGGAUGAUGGUGUACCCAAAUUCAAGAAGGAGUUUGACAGGUUUCACAACGAGAACGGCGUACGAACCGUCAUGGGCAGCGUUGGGCCCGUACGAAAUGUACGCAUGCUACUGAAAUCCGGCUACCGGCACGUCUACGUCUCCCGCAUUUUUGCCAUGAAGAAUGGUUUCAUUCCGAAAGAUGCAGCCCCGGGCCAGUACGGCUACAGCGGGCUUGUCAACAUUGGCAAGUGGCCGAUUACGCUGUACCCCUCGAAGCGAGGCAAUCCGCCGAACGGCCGCGUCACGUCACCUCCGUCAUCGCCAGCAUCUUCCGAGGUGGCACAGCCGCGGACGCCUACUACGAGGAGCGCACGUCGAAGGAAUGGGGAGGCGGCAGGCAGGCGAGAGACUGCCAACGGUGCGGGAGCUGAUCCCAAUGGUGGCACGCCGGUCGUGGUGCAGGUCUACUUGUCGGAGGAGCCGCACUUCGAUGUCGUCUUAGGCCGUUCGUUCUUCGAGAAGCGGCAGAUACGGACGAGUGCGGUGGAUAUGACCGACGUGACCUGUCUGGACACGGGGGAGAAGGUCGAGUGCGAGCUCGUUGUCCUGAAAGAUGGACGAGGGGAGAUCGUUACGGUAACAUGAUCGAUACCUGCGCCGCUUCUUGGCCUCCCUCUGGACGUUGUCACUCCCUGGUAUGGACGUUCGCGCGUGUAUCUUGUACAGUAGCUCUACGGGUACUGGUAGACUCUGGGUUGCUUUGUUGGGCUGCGCAAUGUCAUGAUUUGUGCAUACACAGAAGAGUCUCUGUAUGUCAAAACCUGUCUGGGACACCGCGCU